AUGUCCUUGCGCCUCCUCCUCCUCCACCUUCUGCUCAGGCUUGUCUCAACUCGUGGACUCGAUAUUACUCCAUCUGCUGUUCCAACUUCAACCUUCUGCGACAACAUCCCUCGUCUACUGGGCCGCCAAUACAGCGCGUAUGUCACAGAAUGGUAUCCGACAACAGCAUACACCACAUGGCCAAGCAUGAAAAGUCCAACGCCGACCUGCACUGUGAAUGGAAAUGAUUGUGGCAAACUCCAGUCGAGCUGGACUUUGGCUCACACAACAGAAACCCCAAUCCCAGACUUCCCGGUCCCAUGCAAGGCAUACAAGGCCUGCUCUUCUGUUCCCUCCGGCCCAUGUAGCUUGGUAGGAUCUAGUGUAAAGAUUUACUACUGGCCGACACCAGCAACUCAGCCACUCUGCCCUCAAACAAACACAUUCAUGUCAACCAGUCGUCCAACACCAGCAGCAGCAAAGCCUGCGUCACCUGUAGUGAAGGUGAUUGAUGGCCUUACAGUUACCUCGCCUUCCAUCUACAUAUCAAUCCCAACCUUAUACGGGCAGUUACGCGGUGUGCCAACAUAUAGAGUCACUAGUUGCGGUUCUGAAGUAACGUCUCUUACACUAUCAAUUCCACCGUCGCCUAUUUCCACACUUACUAGACAGUCGGGGGGAAGGAGACCCACAUUCGAGAAUCCGAAGCCUUUCGCGCUGAGCACGUUGAACUGGCCAGUUUCAGCGACAAAGAUCUGCUCGGAAGUGACGAUGUGUGAAUGGAAUAACGAUAUAAGCACUUGCACCGAUGUGCUUAGCACCAGAUGUGUGACACCAACGAUUAACCCGUAUGAUUACAACCCACCGCUAUUGUUGCCGACUGACUUGGUCAACCUGGCUGCAAAGAAAGAAGGUAGUUACCAAAACUGUGUGGUUCACCCGGCGGCUGCCGCCGAUGUGACUUGGAUCCCAAUUACGACGCUUGCAGGUGAUCCAAGGUAUACACAGGGGUGGUCAAGUACUUCUACGAUACCUCCAAUUACUCUUACGGCAGAACCUACGCCUGAAAUCACUUCUACUUGA